GAACAUCCAACACAGUUGGAGUCAAAUUAUCAAAUGCUGCCGUUUGCGAGAUGCAUUGUCCAGAGUUUUCUCAGCAAACGCCAGUUCGUAUCUCCAUCUUCCCAAUUCUACUCUCGGUUUGACCUAAUCCACAGAAGUGUUCACGUUUCCAGAGCUCUCGAAUCCAACUUCAGGAAAAGCAACGGUACUGGCUUAGUCUGUCUCGAGAAGCGCCACGACGAUGGUACGAAAACCUCCAACCACGACGAAUUCGCGAGCGACGUCGAGAAAGCAUACAGAAUCCUCCGGAAAUUUCACUCUAGAGUUCCGAAAUUGGAACUAGCUCUCAACGAAUCCGGCGUUGAUCUCCGCCACGGGCUAAUCGAACGCGUUCUGAAUCGCUGCGGAGACGCCGGGAAUCUAGGUUACAGAUUCUUCGUCUGGGCCGCGAAGCAGCGGCCCGGGUAUCGCCACAGCUACCAAGUCUACAAAUCGAUGGCGAAAAUCAUAAGCAAAAUGCGGCAGUUCGGAGCCGUUUGGAGCUUAAUCGAGGAGAUGAGGAAGGAGAAUCCGCAGCUGAUCGAGCCGGAGCUCUUCGUCGUUCUCGUGCGGAGAUUCGAGGGCUCGGAGAUUGUGAAGAAAGCCGUCGAGGUGCUCGACGAAAUGCCUGAGCCGGACGAGUACGUGUUCGCGUGUUUGCUCGACGCGUUGUGUAAGAGCGGUAGCGUUAAGGACGCUGCAAAGCUUUUCGAUGAUAUGGGGUUACGGUUUGGGCCCGAUCGAAGCUAUUUUGCUUCGUUGUUGUUCGGUUGGUGUAGAGAAGGGAGGAUGAUUGAAGCUAAGCAUGUUUUGGUUCAGAUGAAGGAAGCUGGGUUUGACCCUGACGUUGUUGAUUACACUAACUUGCUGAGUGGUUAUGCUCACGCUGGUAAAAUGGCUGAUGCUUAUGAUGUUUUAAAAGAUAUGAGGAGAAGAGGGUUUGUGCCGAAUGCAGAUUGUUACACUGUUUUGAUCCAGGCGUUGUGUAAGGUAGAUAGAAUGGAGGAGGCGAUGAGUGUGUUUGUUGAGAUGGAGAGAUAUGAAUGCGAGGCUGAUACUGUGACUUACAGUGAAUUGGUAAGUGGGUUUUGCAAAUCAGGGAAGAUCGAUAAGUGUUACUGUUUGUUAGAUGAUAUGCUUAAGAAAGGGCUCGUGCCGUCCCAAGUUACGUAUAUGCAUAUCAUGGCGGCUUAUGAGAAGAGAGAGAAUUUGGACAAGUGUUUGGAGUUGAUGGAGAAGAUGAAGCUGAUAGGGUAUCAUCUCGAUCUUGACGUUUACAAUGUCGUUAUCAGAUUGGCUUGUAAGUUGGGAGAAGUAGAUGAAGCUGUUCGGUUAUGGAACGAAAUGGAAGCGAACGGUUUGCGUCCUGAAGUAGACACUUUUGUUAUUAUGAUCAAUGGAUUAACGAGGCGAGGUUGUUUACUCGAAGCCUGCGAACACUUCAAAGAAAUGGUGACUCGUGGACUGUUCUCCGUUCCUCAACACGUAACUUUGAAGUCAUUACUGAACUCUGUUUUAAGAGAGGAGAAGCUCGAAAUGGCUGAAGAUGUUUGGAGUUGCGUCACGAGCAAAGGCACUUGCGAACUGAAUGUAUCGGCGUGGACAAUAUGGAUCCAUGCCUUGUUCUCGAAAGGUUAUGUGAAAGAGGCAUGCUCUUAUUGUGUUGAAAUGAUAGAGAUGGACUUUAUGAUGCAGCCUGAUACAUUUGCUAAGCUUAUGAAGGGUUUAAAGAAACUGUAUAAUAGAGAAUUCGCGGUGGAGAUUACGGAGAAGGUGAGGAGUAUGGCAGCUGAGAGGGAGAUGAGUUUUAAGAUGUAUAAGAGAAGAGGUGUGGAGGAUUUGAGUGAGAAAGCCAAUGCUAGAAAAGAUAGACAAGGGAAGAAGAAUAAGCGGACGACUCCAUAACGGCAAGUUGAAGAAUGCGUGUUGUUU